AGCGUACGAAGUUCUUUUACAAGUUCCGCAAAGCUGGAGACCGAGAACUGGAACAAAAUCACAGGCCCGCGUGCCCUCUUGCAGCCAACCAACGAGCUCACACUUCCAUUGUCAAGCGUAAGGAAACUCUGGUCUCACGCGUGAAAGGAAAGAAGCAACCGAGCACGCGUGCCUUAGCGGGGCUCGGGCGAAUCCCAAUGCAGUGAGAGCACGGUGGUCAUGUUUCCGGUCGCCGCGGUCGGCAGCAAUUUGAGAGUGAAUAUACCAAGUGCUUUGUUGUUGGUGUUUUACGCGAGGAACCCUCGCAAUUCUGAAUGGGAAUCGGAAAAUCGAGGGGAUCGCCGAUUCGGACAUUUUCCUCAGAUUGGAGAUCUCGGGUUCCUGUGCGCAUCGAGCUCAAGGGGACGCGUAUUCCGUACGAUAGGUAAAUCGGCUUUCGCAAGACAACGGCCUCUGAGCAUGGGCAAACUCGAGGAAAUCGGCGAUGCUUUACAGAUCCAACGUGUGUUCCGAGGACUCUCCAAUUCGAGCCUCCGCUUCUCCCAUCAUCGACAUUCAACCCAGUCAUCUUCUCUCCUUCAAACCCCAGCUGUUCGCACCCAAAACAACCCAGGAUCCAGGGGACAAAGUACUGCAACCGCUACGAUGCAAAUAGACGGAUGCCAACGCAUCAUGCUCCUCCACCACCAAGAACAAGACGUCCUCGCAAGCGAGUCUCACUUCCAAAAUACCCUUGGUGAUCGUGGACCAGCCAACCGGCAGUAUUCCGAAUCCCACACAUAUCCCACAUACCAGCCACAGGCGUUGAUUCGAUGAUGGGCCACAGACCAGCUUGUGCAUCCGUCGGCUCAUGUUCAGGCAAAAAGCGGGAGCCCUGGAUUUGCAUUCUCUUAUCCU